AUGCUCUGUCUUACAGAUAUGUCGUCUGGGGACAACAAUUCACAACAUAAAGAGAGUUUAAUGCAUGAAAUCAAUGCAUUGUUUGCUCCACCAACAAAUGAAUCAUACGGUAAAAAAGGUUCACUCGGUAUUCCUUCUUUUCGUCGUGCAAGAAAAAAUAACGAAUCAACGACAAACAGUUCGGAAACAAAUAAUUCCAGCGAAAGACUUGUCUGCGAUCGAUGUCCAGCCAGCUUUCACCUUGAAUGUCUUGAUCCACCAUUAGAUCCGGAUGAAGCACCUGUUGGUGUCUGGUUUUGUCAUCGAUGUUCAAUGGUAUUGAAAGAUGAAGAAGAUAAAACUUCAACAUCAAGUAGUCAGACAACUAUAGCUACAGAUACAGGUUCUUCACGUUCUGGUAAAAGUGGACAAAAACGCCAAGAUCAUGCAUCAUCAUCAUCAUCAGUUGGAACUACAACAACAGCAGCAGCAGUUGGACCAUCAACUUCCACUUCCACAUCUUCCAUCAAUAGUAACAAUAAUAAUAGUCAUUCUCACCAACAAAAUCCAUUACAACAAUUUAUCCAAUCACAAACUAGCAAACAUAUGAAUAAAUUAUCGAGUAGUCGUUCUAGUACUUGGGGUGAUUCAGCGUAUGUUGCUGAUAUUGAAGAAUCUGAGCUAAGAGCAUUAUGGAAAGUAAUUGAAUAUGCGAAAUAUCAAAAUCCAAAAGAAUAUGAUCUACCGAAAGACUUAUUACCUGGUGUUAAGCUUCCUGGUUCAUAUAAAACACCAACAGAACGGAAAAAUAAAAGUAUCAUCGAAUUAGAGAAUGGUCUUAUUCCACAACCUGUAAGACGUUGUUAUGUAUGUGUUCGAACAUGUUUCUAUGCUCCUUUGUUACCAUGUGAUUAUUGUUCAUCAUGCUUUCAUUUAGAAUGUUUAAAUCCACCAUUAUCUCAUUUUCCACCACGUUCUGAUCGAUGGAUGUGUCCAAAUCAUACAGAACAUACAACUGAACGUUAUUUAACUCGUUCAAUACGAUUAACUGAACGUAUGCAAAUUUGGACUAAAUUAUAUUCAUCAUUAAAUAAUGAAAAUAAUCAUUAUGAACAAUCUAUUGAUAAAACUGAUGAAAUGACAAAAAUACUUGAACAUAUACCUCCAUAUGAAUUAACUUAUACACCAGAUGAAGAAAGUUCUAUACUUUCUGAUUUAAUGCGUACUAUUCAACGUAGUAGAAAUGAACAACAACAACAACAACAACAGCAUCAGUUAUUGUCAUCGAAUUUAUCCAAUACAGCAAUGUCAAGUAUUUUCGAUUCUAUACUAUAUACUACUAAUAAUACUACUACUAUUGAAGAUAAACAACAUAUAUUGUCCAAUCGUCAUAUAUGGCGUUUAAAUCGUGAAUUAGCAGCAAAGUCUAGAAAUAACCAAAAUUAUUAUGGUAAACAGAUAAGAAUUGUGGUACCAAAAGCAGUUAAACAUUUAUACAAUAAUCCAGUAAAACGUGUCCCACGUAUUAAUGAAUCAUCAAAUGUAUAUCAAUUAACAAAUUUACUUGAUAGUUCCAGUACAGAUGAAAAGAGUAUAUUUGUUCGUGGCCUUUUACAAUUUUAUUUACAAAAUACAUUACAAUUACCUACACAAUCGUCAAAUCUAAUACAAUCAGAUAGUAGUAGUAGUAGUACAAUGAUUACUGAUACUAGUGAUACUAUUGUCACUACUAAUGCAACACAACUGUCAAUAUCAUCAUCAUUAUCAUUUGAAACAACUCCUAUCACUGUAACAACAACAGCUAUUGACAGCCAAAUAAAUGAUAAUAAUAUAUCUAGUUCCUUCGUAAUAGAUAACAAGACAACUGAUACAUUGAAGCUAACUACAGAUUCCAUUGAUAUGAACACUGGCAAUAAUUCAUCGAUAUUACCAUACAAUACAGAACAGAUAUCUAAAGAUCCUUCAUUUAUUCAAGAUGACAACGAACAUUUGUGUAACUCAUUCGAACAAUUGAAUACAGCAAUUAUGAAGAAAUUCAAUAAUAUUACUGAUAAUAAUAGUAUUCCUUCUAAAUUGGCUCGUUUAGACCCUCAAUUAUUGUAUACUUUAGCAGCACAACGUAUUUAUGAUCUCUUGGGUAUUAACAAUGAAAAUUCUAUUUUUCCUAAUGGAGACAAUAUUAAACAGAAUAGUUGUAAAACAAAGAAAGACACUUCUAAAACAUUGAAUAUUCCUGAAAGUUGUAUCCGUGCAAGAGCUGUACUAACACCUUGUGAUGGGACUAAUGGAUAUGAAACUCGAAUGCAUUAUAGGCAAUUGACUGUUGGUACAUCACCAGAUUGUCAUUUAUGUUUAGCUAAUUAUAAUUUAUCUUCAUUAAAUAAUCAAAAAUGUUCAUUUAUAUCACCACAUCAUGCUACAAUCUUCUAUGAUGAUUGGACACAACAUUAUGAAUUAAUUAAUUAUAGUGAAUAUGGUACACGUGUAGAUGGUAUUAUAUAUGGGAAUGAUAUAGAUAGAAAAUUAAUUUAUAUUCCAGAAUCUUCCGAUCUUGUUCAUCGAGUUCGUAAUCUCAUAAAAACUGCUCCUAAAGAAUUAUCACCAAAUUAUCAUACAUCAUCGGUUAUUUCGGAACUCUGUGCUUCACCGCCUAAACGUCUAAUGAAAAUGUUAAGUAAACGACAUGAAGAUUUAUCACAUAUGACAUCUAUAUGUGAUUGUACAAGUUUACAUUUUACUCGAAAUGAUAAAUUUCUAGUAGAUAAAACAGAUUCAUCACUCAAUUUAAUCACUGGUUGGGAAGGUUCUGCUAUUUUAAGACAUGGUUCAGUUAUACAAUUUGGUUGUUAUAAAUUUAUAUUUAGUUUAGUCAAUCAUGCUUUACCUUCCUAUCCAUCAUUAUCAUCAACAUCAACUUCAACAUGGAUGACAAUGAAUCAUAGUUCAACACAAUCUUCUUCUUCGCAUGAAUCACCAGUACUACUUACAGAUUCUUUAUCAGUAGUAACAAAAGAUUUUUUAAAAUUAUCUAAAAAUAACAAUUUACUUGUGCACUAA